UUUCUGUAGUUUCCAUUUCCUUUAGGAAGUACUUCCCAAAGCAAGAAUACUGGAUCAAAGGGGGUGAACCAUUUUGAGGAGACUUCUAGGGUGAAGUAGGGCAUUUUAUCAGAAGUCAUAAGCAUUCCUGUUUCUACAUUUACCAUUGGGUGUUUUCAUGCAUAGUUUCUUUAAUAAAAUAUGUAACAUGACAAUCUUCAAGUAGACAUUCAGAAUUCUUUAUUAUAGGUUCCACCAGUUGUACAGGAUGAAAAUAAGAAUCUAGUAGUCUGCAGUUUCCAGAGACAAUAUCUCUCAUAAGAAUAAAAGUCUAAAACUAAGAGCUACUAUCUCCUGGAUAUUCCACUCCCUGAAACAUGUUCAUAUCUAACAAUGCCUGCUUGGUGCCUAGUUCUUUCUGGCUUACUGGAAUUCCAGGGCUGGAGUCCCUGCACAUCUGGCUUUCUAUCCCCUUCAGCUCUAUGUACCUGGUGGCUGUGGUGGGGAAUGUGACCAUCCUGGCGGUGAUAAAGAUGGAACGCAGCCUGCACCAACCCAUGUACUUCUUCCUAUGCAUGUUGGCUGUCAUUGACUUGGUCCUGUCAACCUCUACCAUGCCCAAACUGCUAGCUAUCUUCUGGUUUGGUGCCCGCAACAUUGACCUGGAUGCCUGCUUGACUCAGAUGUUCUUCAUCCACUGCUUUGCCACUGUUGAGUCCGGCAUCUUCCUUGCCAUGGCUUUUGAUCGCUAUGUCGCUAUUUGUGACCCAUUACACCACACCUCAGUGCUCACUCAUGCAGUGGUGGGUCGUUUGGGCCUGGCUGCCCUCCUCCGUGGAGUACUCUACAUUGGACCCCUACCUUUGAUGAUUCGCCUGAGGCUGCCCCUUUACCGGACCCAAAUCAUUGCCCAUUCCUAUUGUGAGCACAUGGCUGUAGUCACCAUGGCAUGUGGUGACACAACAGUCAACAACUUUUACGGAAUGGGAAUUGGCUUCCUGGUAUUGAUCUUGGAUUCAUUAGCCAUCACUGCCUCCUAUGUGAUGAUUUUCAAGGCUGUAAUGGGAUUGGGCACCCCUGAGGCUAGGCUUAAAACCCUAGGGACAUGUAGUUCUCAUAUUUGUGCCAUUCUUGUCUUCUAUAUCCCCAUUGCUGUUUCUUCUCUCACUCAUCGCUUUGGACAUGAUGUGCCUCCCCAUAUCCAUAUCCUUUUGGCCAACUUUUACCUCCUCAUCCCACCCAUCCUCAACCCAGUUGUCUAUGCUGUCCGUACCAAACAGAUAUGA